UGAAAAUACUGUUCGAGUAUCCCAUUCUAUCUCUCUGACCACUCUGCAGGUAGUUUGUUGAGUGUUUGGCUGACUCCGGCCACUCCAUCUGGAUACAGUCCUGCCUGUACUGUACAUCUACUGUACAUGCAGCCUCACAUAGAUUUACGCUUACCAUCCAACCUUAUCAUGCCCUCUCACCACACCUAUCAAGAGAAGAGCAGUCCAGUAGCCAACUCAAUCCCUUAACGGACAAGUCAGCCAUCUCCGCUCCUUUCUUCAAGAUCUCCGACCGUAAUAAGUCUACUAUUGGUGGUGAGUCCGAAGGAUGCGGCCCCCAGCGCUGGGCGACCGGAGUCUAGCCUUGGAGCCUUACAGCCUUAGGGCUGGCUCCAACCUUUUUCCUCUGCUAUAGAAAAACUUCCCCUGCAGCUCCUGCUCAAUGCUCAACCUACCUUAUCGUGCAUCCAUUGCCUGAAUUCAUCCCCUCGAGAAUGUCGGAGACCAACGACUCAUCUUCUACCGCCUCCAGCUUGGAGAAGGGCCCGCAGCCCUCUCACCCUGGCGACGCCGGCGACUCGGAAACCAGUCACUCGGUGGAAGAUGCCAGCCCGGCUGCCGCGCCGCCCCCUAAAAAGCAGGGAACCAAGGCCUGGUUGGCACUGACUGGUGGUGUUCUGGGCAUGUUCGCCUCCUUUGGCUGGGUCAACUGCGUUGCGGUCUUCCAGGCUGAGUAUGAGCUGAACCAGCUGCGUGACUAUUCCAGUUCGCAGGUGUCCUGGAUCUCAUCGGUGCUCUUCUUCUUCAUGCUCGGAUUCUCUCCCGUGGCCGGCCGACUGUACGACGGCCAUGGCCCGCGUCUCCCCAUCGUCAUCGGCACCUUCCUGCACGUCUUUGGCCUCAUGAUGGCCAGCCUGUCCACCAAAUACUACCAGUUCAUCCUCAGCCAGUCCGUGUGCUCCGGACUCGGCACCUCGCUGAUCAUCACCCCAUCCAUGACCGCCCCCAUGACCUACUUCCACGACCGCCGCGCCCUGGCCGGAGGAUUCGCCAUCGCCGGCUCCUCGCUGGGCGGUGUCAUCUUCCCCUUCAUGGUCAACCACCUGCUCUCGUCGAUCGGGUUCGCCUGGACGAUGCGCGCCUGCGCAUUCCUGAUCCUCGGCCUGCUGCUCGUCACCUGCACGCUCAUCUCGUCCAACGCCACCCACAGCCCGAAGGAGUUCAAGCUCAGCCACUACCUGCGGCCGUUGAAGGAGGUGAACUUCCUGCUGAUGUGCAUCGCCAGCUUCUUCAUGUACUGGGGCAUGUUCGUCCCCUACGUGUUCAUGGUAAUCUCCUCCAUCCACUACGGCAUGUCCGUGACGAUGGGCUACAAUCUGAUCCCCAUACAAAACGGCGUAAGCUUCUUCGGCCGCACCGUCCCCCAGAUCUGGGCCCGCAAGUACGGCCAAUUCAACGUCUUCAUCCUGGCGAUGGUCGCCUCGAUCGUCGUCGUGCUCGCCUCCUGGCUCCCCUCGCGCAGCAACGCCGCCAUCAUCGUCUUCACUGUCCUGUUCGGGUUUGUGUCGGGCACCACCAUCGGCCUGGGCCCCAUGCUCGUCAUGGCGCUGUCCCCGCCCACGGAGAUCGGGUACCGGGUCGGCACGGUGUUCGCGGUGGCCGGGCUGGGGGCGCUGACGAGUCCCCCCAUCGCGGGCGUGUUGAUCACCCGGAAUGGCGGGGAUUAUGUGUACGCGGCGGUGUUUAGUGGGGUGGCGUAUGCGGUGUCGACGGUGGUGAUGGUUAUUCUGAGGGUGAGGAUUGGGGGGUGGGGGUUCUUGUCGAAGGUUUAGUU